UGCUGCUCUUAUAGCGCUCAGCGCUGCGCUCGGCUCUCAGCUCUGCUCUCUCCCCACACCAGCUUACCGAGACUUUGCCAGCCGGGCGCUGUGUGCUCAAGCCGCCGCCACCGUCAGCAUGUUCCGCUGCGUCUGCCUGCCGGUGUUUGUCGCUCUUUUGAGCGGUUUGGCACAUGCUCAGUUGCUCCUUUCAACACCAGAAUCCCUUCCCACGGGCGCCCCAGCUGUGGACGAAACAGAUGCUCCCAGUGUCACCCCAACCACACCAGACUUUGCCAAUACUGUAACAGACUCUACGACUACAGACUUUUGGGCCAGUAGCGCAACUUCAACCAGUCCUUCAUCAGAAACCUCUGUUCCAGCUGAACCGGAUAAUACAGACCCUCCAACUACUGAACCUACUCAAGGUCCAACACCUUCUCCCACCAAUGCCACCACGGUGAUUCCCACCAAUGCCACCACGGUGAUUCCCACCAAUGCCACCACGGUGAUUCCCACCAAUGCCACCACGGUGAUUCCCACCAAUGCCACCACGGUGAUUCCCACCAAUGCCACCACGGUGAUUCCCACCAAUGCCACCACGGUGAAUCCCACCAAUGCCUCCACGACUGCAGUACCUACAACUCCUCCCCCUAUACCCAACCCUUCUGUUGGAGAUUACAAUGUCGGACCUGAUCCCAAGUCUGUCUGUCUUAAGGCCAAGAUGGGCCUGCAGUUCAGAUACAAGCUGGGAGAAAGCUUUCAGACUAUUAAUCUUGAUCCCAAUGUUACACACUACUCUGGACUGUGUGGAAACAAUGGCAGUGACUCAACACUCUCUCUGAAGUCAGAACUGAUUACAGUCCAGUUCCUUUUUGUCAAUCAGUCAAACAAAUUCCACCUGGGUGCUAUGAACUUCACACUGAGAAAUGGAAAUGAGACCACCUUCGAUCGUAGGAACAGUAACAUGUCUCUGUGGGAGGCGUCGCUGGGGAGCUCUUACAUGUGCAGAAAGGAGCAAACUUUCAACAUCUCAGACGACCUAGUCAUGAAUACGUUUGAGCUUCAGGUGCAGCCCUUCGGAGUUACCGAGAACAAAUUCAGUACAGCCCAUGAAUGUUCAAUGGAUGACACCAGCCUCUUAAUCCCAAUCAUUGUUGGUGCCGCUCUGGCCGGCUUGAUUCUCAUUGUAGUGAUUGCAUACGUGAUUGGUCGGCGAAAGACCUAUGUUGGAUAUCAGACCCUGUGAUGACACCCCUGUUAAAUCAUUUCCAGAUCUGCACCAUUUACAGUUGAUCAUCUUCUAAUCCAAUCCUGGACCACUGCGGCUGCUGUUAACUGAAAAAUUCAGUCAGAAGUCAGAACUUAAAUUUGUCCCCUUCCAUUUUUUCCCCCAUAAAUUUGCCCACCUCCCCUAUUUUUCUUUUUCUUUGCUUUUGUUUGUUCCUUUAUUUGCUUCAGGAACAAUGUUUGGUUUCUAAAGCUCUUAAGUGUUAGCAAUCAGUCCUGAUACUUUGCCCUUGAUGUCCCAGUUAAAGGGAGAUUGAUCAAUAUAUUGACUGAGUUAUAGAAGACGUUCAUUAGGCCGUUCUUUCUUUUUGCUCCUGAAGUUCUUUCACCCUCAUUCUUUUCACUGUUAAUUCCCACUAGUCUUGCAUUCAUUUCCCACAUAAAGAACCCUCUCCCUCAAUAUUUAUCUGCUUGCUUUAAUCAUUAGCUACAAUGGAGGAGGACAAAAGAACCUCACUCAAUUUCAUUUCAUGCAGUUGUUUUUAGGCUGUGACACAUUGUUUGUUUGAUGAUUUAAUAUUGAUAUAAGCAUUUCUGAAAGGGCUGACUCUCAUCCUUCAUGUAAACUGCUCUUUUGUAAAUAACCUGUUUGAAUGUGUUGAUUGCAGCGCUAAACAAAAUAAUUGGGCGGAGGGAUGAUGUGCUGCUUAUUGCACCUGUGAAUUGCCUUAGAUGCAGGAUCAGUUCUUAAAGCAGUGAUUGCCUAAGACAAAGCUCUUUUUGUUCCAAUGGUUUUACAGCUUAUUGCUCCCUUAUUUCUAUAUUCUGUGAAAUUGCUGUAUCUAUAAUAGUUUAGCUUAGUGUAGCAUGAAUGGUCUGCCCAGUGUUGCUGCUUUUUAUGCAUAGGUGACCUAGGUGGUUCAUUUAGGAGAUUCUGGAUUUUUGUCUGUCUCUGUUGGGAUUAGAUCUGAUCCAGCAGGGUGAAGAGUUAAAUGGUGUCCUUAUUGGGCAGUCCCAAACUUUGGGUUGUUCUUACAGAAUUUACUUGCUUUAAGGGGAGUCAGAAAAAAGAGUUAAGGGAUGUUCGUAUUGGACAGUCUGCAGCUUUGGGUUAAAGUUAUCUUGCUUACUGAGACAUUUCUGCUUCAUAAAAUAAAUGCCUUAUGAUAAAGGUAAACCUAAAUCAGCCCAGGUUGCUGAAAUCACUACAAUAUGGCUAGAUCUGCUUUUCCAUUGAAUUGUUGUAGAUGGAUAUAGUCUAGGGCUAAGAUUAAUCCCUGUCUGAGAGACUGACUAUAGGUUAGGUCUGAGUACAUGUAUUUUGGAAGCCUUUUAAGGGAGAAGCUGGUGUAUGAAUAGACUUUAAAUUCAUUGUUUGAGUUUCUGGUUCAGGAGAGCUUUGAGUUGGUAACUCACUGUUUUAAAAGCUUUGCACUUUCUGUUAAGUUUUGUACAGUGUUUAAAAAAAAAAGUAAAUAGAGUGAAAAAAGUAGUGGAUAAAGAUCAUGCUGGAUAUAUAUGCACCCCCCCCCCCCAAACAAUCUCCUCGCCCUACAUAACCUAUGAUGCAGCUUCUUCAGUAUUGAUUGCAUUGAUCAUUCAUCUCUUCUGACAACCAUAUGCUGUUUUUGUUUGUUUUUCUUUCCUUUAACACAAUCCACAAUCUCUCAGCUUUAUUUUGAUCCAUCCACUUCAGUGUGGUAAUUUGCUGAUCACUGUAGUUCAGUCUGGUUCCCCUCUGAUCAGUUUGAGGUAGUUCUUUAAGGUUGGUUGCCCAAAACGCAUCAAUACCUUGCUUUUUAUAAAGGCAUGUGUGUUCAGAGCUAAAAGCAUAUUAAGCUUAAUUAAAAAAAAAUGUAUAGACAAAUUGUCAUUCACUGCUUGCUGAUUUUAAGAGAUGUAACUUAAAAAGGGAAUUCUGAAUCAUGACAAUCUUUGUGUAAUAAAAUCUGGUGCGUUUUUGCGUCAUUAAAA